GAGAAGAGAGGAAAGAUGAGUCUCUCACAGAAACAGAGUGUAAGAUCAGGAUCACAUGUGUCUAUGAAGAGUGACCGGUCAAAGGAUGAUGACCCACCGAACUUCAGUGAGAAAAAAACAUCUAUCAAAAGUGUAAGAUCAGACUCACAUGUGUCCAGCUCUGUGUCUGUGAAGAGUGACCGGUCAAAGGAUGAAGGACCGAGAUUCAGUGAAAAAACAGCAUCACGAACCAAACGGUAUUUGAUGAAACACAAGAAUUUUACAGACAGUCUCCUGCAGAUCUUCCAGGAUCUUGAGAGCAAAGUAAUCAAAUUUCUGAAGAAAGAACUGGAAAAGUUUAAGAAAAUUUUACAAAAAGAGGACAAGCAGUACUUUGUGAAGGACUUUAAUGAGAACAGAUGCAGUAUGAAAGAAGCAGCUCUUGAUCUCACGCUCUACUUCCUGAGAGAGAUGAAGCAAGAUGAAGCUGCUGAUACUCUAGAAGAUGAGCUGGUCUUCAUUCAUCAGCUAAAGUGUAGCCUAAAGAAGAAGUAUCAAUGUGUGUUUGAAGGAAUUGCAAAGCAAGGUGACUCUACACUUCUGAAGAACAUCUACACAGAUCUCUAUAUCACUCAGGGUUGUAGUGAACAGGUCAAUACUGAACAUGAGGUGAGACAGAUUGAAGUUGCUUCCAGACGUCAUGAAUCACAGGAGAUACAGGUUGAGUGCAAACAUUUGUUUGAAGCACCUGAACAAGACAAGCAGAUCAGAACUGUACUGACAAAAGGAGUUGCUGGCAUCGGAAAAUCAGUCUCUGUGCAGAAGUUUGUUAUGGAUUGGGCCGAAGGAAGAGAAAAUCAAGAUAUCAGCUUCAUAUUUCCUCUUCCAUUUAGAGAGAUGAACUUAAAGGAGCAAGAAAAACUAAGUUUGAUGGACCUUAUAACUCAGUUUUUCCCAGAGACAAAAGGACUGAAUCUUACAAGAAGAAAUCAGUUUAAAGUCUUGUUCAUUCUUGAUGGAUUGGAUGAAUGUCGUCUUCCUGUAAACUUUAAGGAUAAUGAGACGUGGUCUGAUGUUUCAUCACCAGCCUCUCUGGAUGUUCUCCUGACGAACCUAAUCAAGGGAAAUCUGCUUCCUUCUGCUCUCAUCUGGAUCACCAGCAGACCAGCAGCUGCCAGUAAGAUUCCUCCUGACUGUAUCGAACGGCUGACAGAGAUACGAGGAUUCAAUGAUGCACAAAAGGAGGAGUACUUCAGAAAAAGAUUCACGGAUGAGAUUCAGGCCAAAGAAAUCAUUGAUCAUGUUAAACAAUCAAAGAGUCUCUUUAUCAUGUGCCACAUCCCAGUCUUCUGCUGGAUUUCAGCCACUGUUCUCCAGAACAUUUUAGAGGAGAAAAGAAAUAAUGUUGUGAAAAACAAUCAGGCUAAUGAUGUCUCCAAAACACUGCAGGAGUCAAAUACUGAAGACACUCCUAAGACUCUGACACAAAUGUACACACACUUCCUCAGAUUUCAGAUCCAGCAGAGCAGACGAAAGUAUGAUGGAGAAUAUACCCUCGAUGUUUCCUGGAAUAAAGAUGCCAUCUUUUCACUCGGGAAACUGGCAUUUAAUCAGCUGGAAAGAAACAAUGUGAUCUUCUAUGACACAGAUCUGGAAGCCUGUGGUAUUGACGUCUAUAAGGCAUCAGUGUACUCAGGCAUGUGUACCCAGAUCUUUAAGGAGGAAACGGGGAUCACUCUUGGUACCAUGUACUGCUUCGUUCACUUGAGCAUUCAAGAGUUUAUUGCAGCCCUUUAUGCACAUCUGUUUCUAGACAUCAACAAGAAAUAUGUGUUUGGUCAAGACUCUACAGAACAGGAAAACAAAAGUGAAACCAUGAUUGAUUUGCUCAAGACUGCAGUGGACAAGGCACUAGAGAGUGAUAAUGGACACCUGGAUCUUUUUCUUCGAUUCCUCCUUGGUUUGUCACUCCAGUCCAAUCAGAAACUCUUACAGGGUCUGUUGACACUGGAAAAUAGAAAUGAGCAGAGCAAAAAGGAAAUAGUUCAGUACAUCAGGCAGAAAUUAGAGUUUAAUCUGUCUCCAGAGAGAUCCAUCAAUCUGUUCUACUGUCUGAAUGAAUUGAACGACCAAACUCUGGUGAAAGACAUUCAGACCCACCUUAGCAAAGGAAGUCUCUCAUCUGCUGAUCUUUCACCUGCCCAGUGGUCUGCUUUGGUCUUUGUGUUGUUGACAUCAGAGGAGGAGCUGGAGGAGUUUGAGCUUCAGAAAUUCAAGAAAUCAGACGAGUGUCUCAUUAGAUUAUCAGCGGUCAUCAAAACCUGCAAAAGAGCUCUGCUAAAUGAUUGUGGCUUAACUGACAAAAGCUGUCCAGCUCUGGCUUCAGUUCUUGGAUCAGAUACCAAUCUGAAAGAGCUGAACAUGAACAAUAAUAAUCUGCAGGACUCAGGAGUGAAGCUACUCUGCACUGGACUGAAGAAUAUAAACUGCAAAUUAGAGAUGCUGAGACUUUCAAACUGCAGUAUCACUGAAGAAGGUUAUAAAGCUCUGUCUUCAGCUCUGAGAUCAAACCCUUCACACCUGAUAGAGCUGGAUCUCACAGGAAAUGAUCCUGGAGAAUCAGGAGUGAAGCAGCUCAGUGAUUUACUACAGGAUCCAAACUGUCAACUCAACUUACUGAGGUGA